AUGUCAGUCAAAACAGAGGACAUAAAGCCUCUGGUCAGCGUCGACGGUCACGAUGUAUUCAACAUCCCCGUCGAGGAGGAGGAAUUGGACGUCGCCCCCUCACAUGGCCAAUCCAAGAUUUGGGCAAUGAAGAUCCCGCGCUUCCUUCUCGAGCGCUGGGAGCGUGUCAAGGAGGAAGGCGUGCAUCUGGGGAGCUUAAUCAUCGACAACUCUACACUCCCUCCAAAGAUCACGCUCAAGUUACCUACCGAGGAUGACAAGCAGCCACCAAACAAGCGCGCCAGGUUGAAUGUGGAGGGCAUUCCCGACGAGUAUGAGGUCGUGAUGCCCAGUGAGCGCGUGAAGAACACAUACAUCUUCAGCGAGAAUGAGCGUGUGUGGGUGGCUCAGCCUGGGUCAGGCGAGGACUCUCAACGGCGCAAGCACCAGAAAGCUAACCCUCGCCUAAUCGGCGCGCUCGACCACGAAGCGAGCGUCCGCCCGGUGAAGAGCUCCAAGUACCUUAAGAUCUUAGAGCAGCGCCGUCUGGACAAUGAGAACUCGAAGCGGCCCAUCAUCCAGCUCGACGACAAGACCAUGUCGCAGGCCAAGCUCAACCAGCUUGCCUCGGGCUUUGCCAACGCGUCUUCCAAGCUUGGCAAGGGCAUGAUUAUGGGGUCAGCCAAGGUCGGGUCCGGAGAGCGCUUUGCUCGCAUGGAGCGCAAAGAGCUCAACCAGCGCCUGUUCCAGCUGUUCGGUGAGAAGCCGUACUGGAGUAUCACUGCACUCAAGGCGACGUUGCAGCAGCCGGAUACGUGGCUGCGCGAGGUGCUCAAGGACGUCGCGGUGCUCAAUCGCGAGGGCCAGUACGCCAACAUGUGGGAGUUGAAAGACAACUGGAAGGAUGCUGAGGGAGACACCAAGCCUACCGUCGAUGACGUUGACAAGGCGGAGGACGACAGCGACGAAGAGGAGGAGUCGGACGACGAGGACGAGCUCGAGCAAGUGGAUGUCUAG